AUGGGUGCCAUUCCUGAGUUCGAUCCCGAGGAGCCGCAAGAGACCAAGCCCUUCAAGUUCGUGACUGCUGGUUACGAUGCUCGUUUCCCCCAGAUGAACCAGACCAAGCACUGCUGGCAGAACUAUGUCGACUACUACAAGUGUGUCAACGCCAAGGGCGAGGACUUCCGUCCCUGCAAGCAGUUCUACCACGCCUUCCGUGCUCUGUGCCCCAAGGCUUGGACCGACCGCUGGGAUGGUCAGCGUGAGGCUGGCAACUUCCCCGCCCACCUUGACCGGUAA